AUGCAUCUCAGUGACUGUAGUUAUUGUUGGUCGCUCCCACCAGUUGGGCGGCUACCGGCACUCAAAGAACUCUGUAUAGAAAGAAUGAAGUUUGUGAAGACGAUUAGCGUUGAAUUCUAUGGCAAAAAUGGAGGUUAUCUGACUCAGCCAUUUCAAUCUCUAGAGAAGCUGGAGUUUAGGGAGAUGCCGGAGUGGGAGGAAUGGGUGCCAAGUGGAAGUGCAAGUGGGAGGAAUUGUCCAACGCUGUCGUCGUUCCCUAAAGAUGGCCUAGCCACUACGUUGACAUGGCUUUCUAUACACAAUUGUAGGAGAUUAGAAUUCCUACGUCAUGGGAUGUUGGCCAAAUUAACCUCGCUUGACUAUUUGGGCAUACUGAAUAGCUGUGAUUCAAUGAGGUUCUUCCCGUUGGGAAUUUUUCCCAAAUUGACGAAGGUUCAAAUUUGGGAUUGUGAGAAUCUGGAAUCCCUUUCCUUGGAAGAAGAACGAGCUGUUGAGAAUCUUAGCCAUCUCAAUUACUUGGAUGUCCGUCGAUGUCCAGAUCUGGUGUGUUUUUACGAGGGAGAAUUGCCCACUCCCAACUUGAGUCACUUUGAAGUCGGUGAAUGCGAGAAUUUGAAGUCAUUGCCCGAACGCCUUCACACCCUCACAGCCCUUCGAGAUUUGUGGAUAUGGAGUCUUCUGAAUCUGGAGUCAUUUGCAGAAGAUGGGGGUUUGCCUCCCAACCUCCGACAUUUGAGCAUUGGGAAUUGUGAGAGACUGAGGGCUUCAUCAGUGGGAGAGUACUGGGGUUUGCAAGCACUUGUCUCCCUUGAACAAUUUUCUAUCAGUGGAAGUGACCAUGUCUUGGAGAUGUUGCUCAAGGAACAGCUGCUCCCUACAACUCUUCAUACUCUCAGCAUCUCUUCAACUCUGAAAUCUUUGGACGGAAAGGGUCUUGGACGUCUCACUUCUCUUCAAGUGCUAGAAAUUGGAUUGUGUCCAAGUCUGGAAUUCCUGCCAGAAGAGGGUUUGCCGCCAUUUCUUUCUCAUCUGCGUAUCUUCUUUUGCCCUGCCCUGGAGAAAAGGUGUAAGAAUAAGACGGGACAAGAUUGGGCCAAGAUAUCUCACAUUCCUAGCAUCGCGAUAGGCAACGAAGUGAUCAUAAAAUAUGAGCUAGUCCAUAUUUCACUCUCAACCCUCAACUCUCAAAUCAAACUCAGGUCAAGUAUGUGCCUGUUCUUCUUCUAA